AUGAAGGGAAUCGAUGUCAUUCGUGAAGGUCAACAAAUAACACAAAAAAAUCCAGAAGAAGACAAGUUAAUUUUACUAUAUUUGUAUUUUAGAUCAUCAUCAAUGGCACUAUUUUAUUUGUAUAUCUUUCUUCUAUCAUUAUCAUUAACAUAUUCAUGUGAUAUAUUUGUUGAUAUGACAUGUACAUGUUAUGAUUCCAAUGAAGUACGUUGUACAAUGUCAAAAUUUGCUCCAUUAAUAUUCAGUUCACCGUCAGUAGCAUUAACAAAAAAAUUUCAUUCGAUUGAUUUAAAAUUCGAAUCAGAUGAAAAGAUUGAACUUGAAAAAAAUUAUUUUCAUAAAUUAAACCAAUUAUUACCCGAAUCAACAAGAAGAUCUGUAACAAUUACAUUUCGUUUUCAUAGUUUUCAAUCAUUUCAUGCUAAAACAAAUUCAUUUGCUAAUUUAUUUCAAGGAAUAACCUCACCAAAUAAACGUUUAACUGUUGAACUACAACCAUUAAAAGCUGAAACAAUCGUGUUCGAUCAAAAUGCAUUUGAUAAUAUUCAUGUUAAUGAAUUUUCAAUGUUUGCUGAUUCAUUAUCAUCACCAUUUGAAUCGGUAUUUAAUAAUACAAAUAUAACAAAUUUAAAUAUUGAAGGUGCAAUUGUAACACAUGACCCAUCAUUAGUAAAACAAUUUACUGGACAUAUACAAUCAUUAAAAAUUACUCGAAUGAUUGAUACCGUUAAUGAUGAAGAAUUUCCACCAUUUCCAGUUCAAUCGUAUACAAUUGAAGCGCAUAAAAUGCGUACAUUAGAUGCAUUAUCAUUUAGAAAUUACCCACAAUUAACAGGUCUAAAUAUAAUUCAACCUGAUGUAUCAAUAACACCAAAGAUUUUACAAGGUUUAGAUAAUAUAUUAACAUUAAAAUCAUUAUCGCUCGAUGCUGAACGUAUAGCUGAUGGUGCAUUAAAAUAUGUUAAACAUAUUCAUACAUUAAUACUUGGUUCCUAUUUAAAAAUUUUAGAUGUUGAAAGUUUAAAUUCACUUAAAUCAUUACAACAAUUAGAUGUACGUUAUGUACAAUUUUCAACUUUACAAGGAAAUACAAGUUGUGCUCUAGCUGAUUUUAUUAAUCGUCGACGUAUGCUUGGUUUAACAGUUUAUUUACCAACAGAAAAUUCUGAUUGUGAUUGUAUAUUAGUAUUUCUUAAUAAUAUGGUUGAUGAUGGUUCACAAUUAGUUAAAUGUCAAUCAACAAAUAAUGAUCGAUGUUUAUUUUCUUCAUGUUCAAUCGUAUCAGAAUAUUUUACACGUAAACAAAAAGAAGAUAUUGAAGAACAACAACAAAAACAACAACAAAAUACUCCACCACUUAGUACACCUUCAGCACCAGUAGAUAUACCAUUUGUACCACCAUCAGUUGAUAUGGAUGGUAAUGACUUGCCAUAUUAUCCAGAUGAAAAUAUAGAUGAACACGCAAUACAAACAACAACAAGUUCAACAAUAAAUCUUAAUGAAGUAAAUGUGUACGAUGAUAAUGAUUUACCAACAAAAAACAUAAAUAUUAUUCCAACAACACCAAUACCAUCUUUAUCCGAUCUAGAAGAAGAAUUAGAUAAUGAAUAUUCAACGCCAUUAGCAAAACGUGUUCAUCCAGAUUCUAAAAAACAUUCAAAUAAGCCUUUAGUCGUAUCAUGGAUUCCAUUUGCUAUUAUAGGAUCAUGUCUUUUUCUUACAUUGGUUAUAGCUAUGAUUAGUUAUAUUAUCUAUCAUAAAAAACCAUCAAUAGUUAUGAAUACAAUAUCAGAUGAUGAAUUAUUAUUUUAUGGGUCUGUCGAAACAAACUUCGCAUAUCAUUAUGGUACAGUUAAUCUAAGUCAUAAGAAUCCUAUAGAUGAAUGUACUCUAAAUUCAAAAAUAUUAUCUCCAAUAGAAACUGAGGAUCAUCAAUUAAUCCUUCCAGAUAUACCAGCAAGUUUCAUUCAAAUACAACAUACAACGAAUAAUAUAGGAACUAUCUCUGAUGAGUUUUGUUAUCCAUUGAUUAAAACAAAACUUGCUAGUCCUUUGAAAGGUAUCAUAUCAGGUACUCGAUCAGCUUUAAUAAAAUCUAAAUCAUCAAAAUGGUAUCGAUUAAAAGGUUGUGGUGAUAAUACCGAUGGUUUUUUAAUUAAAUCUCUUUCAAAUACAAGAUCAACGAUUCGUGGAUGUGCUUUUCUUCAUACAACAUAUCGUGAAUUAAUCAUGACAGAUUACAUUUCACAUAUAUUAUCACAACAUAAAAUUGAAUGUGCAAAUAUUUCUAUCGGUUGGUUUGAAUAUAAAUUAGAAAAUGAAAAUUGUCAUAAGAUCAAUUCUGAUAUUCCAAUAAUACAAGAUAUUCAUUUACAUCAAUGGUCAAGGAUUGUACGUUGUUGUAUUCUAAUGGAAACAUUAGGUAAUAAACGUUUAUCUGAUCAUGUUUUAUAUGGCAUUGAACAGUUGUUUUAUUCAAUUAUUUCAAAUGAUAAAUCACAUCCGAUUAAUCAAUCGAAUUUAAUUUCAUUAUUUUCAUCCGAACGAUUAACUAAAUCAGAUCAAAAUAAUGAACAAUUUAUACCUUUAUCGACAUGGUUUGCAUCAUUAACAAAUAUACUCGAACCGAUUGAUUAUCAAAAUUCACAUUGGCUUGAUUUAUCAUCACAUUUUUCUGAUGAAAUACCUUUAGAUAUUGAUGAAAAUUAUUGUAAAAUUUUAUGGAAAAAUAAUAUUAACAUAAUAAACAAUACUUUAUAUACAGAACAAUCAUUGGGUGAUCUUUUAUGUUUACUUUAUAAACGAUUUGGUUUUGAAUGUGGAUCAAUUCUUGGUCUUAUGCAUUAUCAUCGGAUAAGUUGGGGAACUUAUACAGAUGAAUUGGGUAUACAUUGUAAUGCUCAUCCAAAUAAUUUAGUUAUUAAAUUACCUUCUUCAACAUCACCGUUUUUCUUAGCACCAUUGGAUUUUGAUAUGAGUUUUAUAGAAAAAAGUUAUCAACCAAAUCAAAUGAAUACUCAAUCAUUUGAUGAAAUAAUUAAAUUAGAAUUAUCAGGUUUUCAAUUAACUUUAGCAGGAGAUUCACAAAUGAGUAGUGGUGUAACAACUUGGAUAGAAAUGCCUGAUGAUCAAUGGACAAGUGCUCGUUGGUUACUACGAGAUAUUAUGUUAAAUGAAUUUAAUAGAUCAUAUAACGAAACUAUUCAAAAUGGAUCUAUUCAGUCAUUCGAUUCAUUUUCUAAUAUACAAAAUCAGGCUAUGCAAUCAAUCAUUCGUCUUGCUCUAAUAAAAACAAUGAAUGAAACUGGGUAA